GCCCCACGUUCGAUAGGCAGGCAAUCGAUGGUUAUGCAGCUCUGGCGGCUCAACAAAAAAUUUACCACGUGAAACGAAAUUGUGCGAAUUUCAUCACGGCGUUUAAAUAGUUUUCCGGCCAUAUAAACAAAACCCAGAAGAUCCCAUCACUCGGGCUCAGUCAGGCCAGUAAAUCCGAUAAAAGAGUAGCAUCCACAAGAAAAGAAACCAGGAACAUACAGAGAAAAUGGCGUUGCGCGUGCAAUUCGAGAACAACGACGACAUCGGCGUCUUCACAAAGCUAACAAACACAUACUGCCUGGUGGCCAUCGGGGGUUCCGAGACUUUCUACAGUGCCUUUGAGGCGGAGUUGGCUGAGACGAUCCCGGUGGUACACGCCAAUGUUGGCGGCUGCCGGAUCAUCGGGCGACUCACCGUGGGCAACAGGAAUGGGUUGCUGGUGCCUAAUUCCACAACCGACGAGGAGCUGCAGCACCUACGCAACAGCUUACCGGAUGCCGUGAAGAUCCAGCGCGUGGAAGAGCGUCUGUCUGCGCUAGGCAACGUCAUUGCGUGCAAUGACUAUGUGGCUCUGGUCCAUCCAGAUUUAGACAAGGAGACCGAGGAGAUAAUCGGAGAUGUUCUCAAGGUUGAGGUCUUCCGACAGACUAUCGCUGACAACACACUGGUGGGCUCAUACACCGUGCUAAGCAACCAGGGUGGCAUGGUGCACCCCAAGACGAGCAUACAGGACCAGGACGAGCUGUCGUCAUUACUACAGGUUCCCCUAGUUGCGGGAACAGUAAACCGAGGUAGCGAAGUCCUUGCUGCUGGCAUGGUUGUCAACGACUGGCUCUCCUUCGUGGGCAUGAACACCACAGCCACAGAGAUCUCGGUGAUCGAGAGCGUCUUUAAGCUGAACCAGGCACAGCCAGCCACAGUGACGACCAAACUGAGAGCGGCUCUGAUCGAGGACAUGUCCUAGGCGAAAUUAUUCAUCAUUUAUACUUGGUCUAAGGAUUAUCUGUUAUUUUCUACAAAAUGUGAACUAAGAAAUACAACAAAAAGAAAGAAA